GGUAGCUCUCCUCCAUCGCGCCUCCGGUCUCUCUGCGACUCUGCAGUUCGCCUCUUGCUCUCGCCCAGUCGCCCUCGCCCUCGCCUCCCACUGCGUCGCCAGCCGCCACCGGCCACCGCCUCGCCGUCGCCGACGCCACCGCGGCACCACCUGUCCGCCUCUGCCUCCCUCAGCCCUCGGCCCUCGCCCAUCGCCUCCACGGCUCCAGUGCUCCACCAGCUAGAUCACUGGAGAUUAGUAGAUUACAAUUCACAAGUCAUCCCCUCUUUGUUAGCUCCUCCGUCAGAGGCAACCAAUCCAUGGAGCUUUCCACUUUGACUCCAACCCUGCACAGAAACACAUUAGCUUCAACCUUUGUAUCUCUAUCCCCUCCUCUCUAUAAGCUCACAGUUCCCAGAUUAAUAACCCAACCCAGAAGAGCCAAAAUUGGGAUUUUGGGUAAACCCAAUUUCACCCCUAUUGCAGCCAUCUCAGACCCUCAUGUUCUACAAAUAGCUGAAACCCUAGAAGACUCACUGGCUUCCACCUCCUCACCUACCCCACCCCUUUUGCAGAAGCUCAAAGACACCUCCUCAGAGACACUUCUCUCAACCCCUUGGCCAUCUAGGAAAGAUGAGCCCUUUAGGUUCACUGACACGUCUUUCCUGAAAAGCUCUGAAAUCCUACCCAUUCAAUCCCCAAACCUUCAAUUGUUGAGCUCUUUGGCUGUUUCUGGUGAUACCGAUUUGCCCAUUGUGUCAAUUAUUGAUGGCUACAUUGUGAACCAUUCAAGUCAAUCAUCUCAGCUGUUGCCCAGUGGGGUGUUUGUGGGUGGCCUGUCAGACCUCAAAUCUCAGGACAUAUUGAAAAGAGUUUCUGUACAUAUGUCUAGUUUUCAAGGGGAUUUGUUUUGGGCACUGAAUGGUGUGGGCACUCCUGAUGUGGUUCUUAUCUAUGUGCCUGAAGGGUGUAGAGUUGAGACCACAUUGCAUUUGAAGCACUUUGCAGUGGAAGGGAGUGAUAGAGAAUCAAAAACUUUGCCAAUUUCAAACCCAAGAGUGUUGGUGAUGGUGGAGAAGGGAGGGGAGGUAGGUAUUGUUGAGGAAUAUGUAGGUGGAGAUGGUGAGAAGUGUUAUUGGACUAAUUCAGUUGUGGAAGUGGUGAUUGGUGAAGGGGGAAAAGUUACUCAUUCUUACAUUCAAAACCAAUCCUUGAAUGCUGCACAUAUUAAGUGGACUUGGGUUCAACAGGAAUCUAGUAGUAUCUACAAGCUCAUAGAGGUUAGCACUGGUGGAAAAUUGAGCAGGCAUAAUAUUCAUAUACAGCAAGUAGGCUCCGACACCGUCACUGAAUUAUCUACUUUUCAUUUGUCUGUCACUGAUCAAACACAAGAUCUACACAGUAAAUUAGUAUUGGACCAUCCACGGGGAUAUUCUCAGCAACUACACAAGUGCAUUGUGGCUCAUUCAUCAGGGCAGGCUGUUUUUGAUGGGAAUGUUCAGGUGAACAGAAACGCACAGCAAACAGACGCAGGGCAACUUACACGGAGCCUCCUCUUGGAGCCCCGAGCAACUGUGAACGUGAAGCCUAACCUGCAAAUUAUUGCUGAUGACGUUAAGUGCUCCCAUGGAGCUGCGAUCAGCGACUUGGAAGAGGACCAGCUGUUUUACUUACAGGCACGGGGUAUUGACAUAAAAUCUGCAAGAAAAGCUCUGGUGUUUUCCUUUGCAGCCGAGGUGGUUUCCCGUCUCCCAGAUGAUUCCAUACGAAAGAAAGUUGAAGAUCAAAUCAGAACACUGCUCGAAUCCACCAAUCCCAAACCGUGAGUCUUCAUAAAUUAUUUUGUAAAAUCUUUAUGAUGUUGUUUGUGAUUCAUUAUAUGCUAGAAAAUUAGAGAAAUUGAACAAUGAUUGAUUGUUCAGUCUCGCUUAAUUAAUUGGUCUCAAUUGAGUAUUUCAGUAAUAAAUGUGGGUAAAAUUUUCUGUUUCCUUGUCA